AUGACUGCCUCCGCCUCCGCCUCCGCCUCAACGGCAAUAACAUUUCCCUCCGAUCUUCGAAAUCCUUUCAGAUUCCAACGGAACACUAACCAUCAUCGCCGCUUGCUACUACCAACUCCUAGGGCUACUGCUCCAAAUACUGGCAAGAACGAAACCGAUGAUGAUAAACGACAACAGUCUGUCUCGCUUAGUCUCGACGACGUCAACCCCGUCGGACUGGGUCGAAGAUCGCGACAGCUAUUCGAUGAUGUUUGGAGAAAAUUCUCUGGAUUGGGUCAGAUUUCCAGGACUAUCCGCACCGAUGAUCAGGACACUCUAGAUGCCCUUCUCGUCCGUGAAGGUCCUAUGUGCGAGUUUGCUGUUCCUGGCGCUCAGAAUACAACUGUCCUCGUCGUUGGUGCCACCAGCCGCAUCGGCCGCAUUGUUGUUCGUAAACUCAUGCUCAGAGGUUACACUGUCAAGGCUUUGGUUAGGGAGGCAGAUGAAGAGGUGCUACAGCUUCUUCCAAGGGUCGAUCAUCAAGGAGUUUAUAACAUAUCUAAAGCAUUUCAGGAUCACAAUAAUAAAUUGGCUCAGUUGCGAGCUGGGAAAAGCAGCAAAAGUAAGCUUACUAUUGCUAAAUUCAAAACUGAGUCUUCACUCAAUGGAUGGGAAACUCGCCAAGGAACUUACUUCCAAGACGUUGUUACAUCAAAAUAUGAUGGAGGGAUGGAUGCCAAAUUUGACUUCACUGAGAAUGGAGAAGCUGUUUUCUCAGGGUAUGUCUUCAGUCGAGGUGGCUAUGUAGAACUGUCUAAAAAGCUUUCUCUACCUCUGGGCUCUACUCUUGACAGGUAUGAGGGUUUGGUUCUCUCUGUUGGUGGCAAUGGAAGAUCUUAUGUAUUAAUUCUUGAAGCUGGUCCUUCAGCGGAUCUAAGUCAGAGUAAAUUGUAUUUUGCAAGAUUUAGUACAAAAGUGGGAUUUUGCAGGGUUAGAGUGCCAUUUUCAUCAUUCCGUCCUGUACAACCAAAUGAUCCAGUUUUAGACCCUUUUCUUGUACAUACAUUAACAAUACGGUUUGAGCCUAGAAGACAGAGGAAUAUUGAAGUUAAUACGGAAAAGAACCAGGAUUUGAGAAGCUUUAAGCUAAUAUUGGAAUAUAUAAAAGCCUUGCCUACUGGACAAGAAACCGAUUUUGUCUUAGUUUCAUGUUCUGGCCUAGGAGUUGAGCCUUCCCGGCGAGAGCAAGUUCUUAAAGCCAAGAGGGCAGGUGAAGAUUCCUUGAGAAGAUCUGGCCUUGGGUACACUAUAGUUCGUCCGGGUCCAUUGCAGGAAGAACCUGGUGGACAGCGUGCUCUAAUAUUUGAUCAAGGAAACAGAAUAUCUCGGGGCAUCAGCUGCGCUGAUGUGGCUGAUAUAUGUGUGAAGGCACUCCAUGAUUCAACUGCAAGAAACAAAAGCUUUGAUGUAUGUUACGAGUAUGUUGCUGAGGAUGGGAAGGAGCUCUAUGAGCUGGUUGCCCAUUUGCCUGACAAAGCAAAUAACUACCUGACACCAGCUCUCUCUGUCUUAGAGAAGAAUACGUGA